CAAGCCUUCUUCACUCUCCAAACUUUCACCAAACUCUUAGCCCCCGCCUCCCCGAAACCAAAACACAACAAGCUCUGGAGGAGCGGCGAGCAACGCGGCGGGGCGGGAGGACUGGCGGCUGCAGAGAGCCUCGGGAGGCUGAUGCAACUUUCCCUUUAAGAAAGCCACCUGGGCGCACCGCGGUGCGGACCCAGCCAGCCUGGGCCGGGGGCUGCAGUAUGCUCUUGAGGCCUAUUGUCUGAAAGGCACUGAACGCAAGAGUCUGCAAGUGUGGUCCAGAUUUCCAGAUCCCCCAACCCACUGCCACCAUGGUAGGAAAAGGUGCCAAAGGGAUGUUGAAUGGUGCUGUGCCCAGUGAGGCCACCAAGAAGGACCAGAACCUCGCCCGGGGCAACUGGGGCAACCAGAUCGAGUUUGUACUGACGAGCGUGGGCUAUGCCGUGGGCCUGGGCAAUGUCUGGCGUUUCCCAUACCUCUGCUAUCGCAACGGGGGAGGCGCCUUCAUGUUUCCCUACUUCAUCAUGCUGAUCUUCUGUGGAAUUCCUCUCUUCUUUAUGGAGCUCUCCUUCGGCCAGUUUGCAAGCCAGGGCUGCCUGGGGGUCUGGAGGAUCAGCCCCAUGUUCAAAGGUGUGGGCUAUGGCAUGAUGGUGGUGUCCACAUACAUCGGGAUCUACUACAACGUGGUCAUCUGCAUUGCCUUCUACUACUUCUUCUCAUCCAUGACGCAUGUGCUGCCCUGGGCUUACUGCAAUAACCCCUGGAACACACCCGACUGUGCCGGUGUGCUGGACGCUUCCAACCUCACCAAUGGCUCCAGGCCCACUGCUCUGUCUGGCAACCUAUCUCACCUGUUCAACUACACCUUGCAAAGGACCAGCCCCAGUGAGGAGUACUGGAGGCUGUAUGUGCUGAAGCUGUCAGAUGACAUUGGAAACUUUGGGGAAGUGCGCCUUCCCCUCCUAGGCUGCCUUGGCGUCUCCUGGGUGGUUGUCUUCCUCUGCCUCAUCCGAGGAGUCAAGUCUUCAGGGAAAGUGGUGUACUUCACAGCCACAUUCCCCUAUGUGGUGCUGACCAUUCUGUUUGUGCGUGGAGUGACCCUGGAAGGAGCCUUCACGGGUAUCAUGUACUACCUGACCCCACAGUGGGACAAGAUCCUGGAGGCCAAGGUGUGGGGAGAUGCAGCCUCUCAGAUCUUCUAUUCCCUGGGCUGUGCAUGGGGUGGCCUCAUCACCAUGGCAUCCUACAACAAAUUUCACAACAACUGCUACCGGGACAGCGUCAUCAUCAGCAUCACCAACUGUGCUACCAGCGUCUAUGCUGGCUUUGUCAUCUUCUCUAUCCUAGGCUUCAUGGCCAAUCACCUGGGUGUGGAUGUGUCUCGAGUGGCAGACCAUGGGCCUGGGCUAGCUUUCGUAGCUUACCCUGAGGCUCUCACACUGCUUCCCAUCUCCCCACUCUGGUCCUUACUGUUUUUCUUCAUGCUCAUCUUGCUGGGGCUGGGUACUCAGUUCUGCCUCCUAGAGACCCUCGUCACUGCCAUUGUGGAUGAGGUGGGGAACGAGUGGAUUCUGCAGAAAAAGACCUACGUGACCUUGGGUGUAGCUGUGGCUGGCUUCUUGCUGGGCAUCCCCCUUACCAGCCAGGCAGGCAUCUACUGGCUGCUGCUGAUGGACAACUAUGCAGCUAGCUUCUCCUUGGUUGUCAUCUCCUGCAUCAUGUGUGUAUCCAUCAUGUACAUCUAUGGACACCGAAACUACUUCCAAGACAUCCAGAUGAUGCUGGGAUUUCCACCGCCUCUCUUCUUCCAGAUCUGCUGGCGCUUCGUCUCUCCAGCUAUCAUCUUUUUCAUUCUCAUCUUCACGGUGAUCCAGUACCGGCCAAUCACCUACAACCACUAUCAGUACCCAGGCUGGGCUGUGGCCAUUGGCUUCCUUAUGGCUUUGUCGUCUGUCAUCUGCAUCCCAUUGUAUGCACUGUUCCAGCUCUGCCGCACAGAUGGGGACACACUUCUUCAGCGUUUGAAAAAUGCCACAAAGCCAAGCAGAGACUGGGGCCCUGCCCUCCUGGAGCACCGGACUGGGCGCUAUGCCCCCACUACAACCCCCUCUCCUGAAGAUGGGUUUGAGGUCCAGCCAUUGCACCCGGAUAAGGCCCAGAUCCCCAUCGUGGGCAGUAAUGGCUCCAGCCGCCUCCAGGACUCCCGGAUAUGAGCAAAGUUGUUGCAAGGGGAAAAGCCCCACCCAACCCUUGCUCCCACCACAGAGACUGGGGAGGCGGUGGACAGGUGGAGGCCUGCCCCAUCAUGCCCUGGCCAGGAUGGCUGCUGUCACCUUGGCCACCACUACUCAUGUCCCCAGUGUUUACACAUCCUUUGGAUGCCAAGACAGCAGCUGGGGGUGGGAAAGCGAUGGGGGGAUUGUGUGGGGGUGGGGCAUGGGGCAGCAGUGUCCAAAGCACUUUGAAGGAGGUCUCAGGCCAGGUCCCCAGAGGCCUGCCAGGCUUCAUAUGGCCUCUGAUACCCUCAUGCUCUGCCCUAAGCUGUUUCACUAUGGGAUAAGAGAUUCUGUGUCCACACCCCACCCUCAUGACCAGUGUUCCUGACCCCAGAACAGACCCUAGCCUCCGCCCAGGCAAAUCUCUAUCUUCUACUCCGGACAAGGUGAGGGCCGCGGGGCUGUACAGUGUUACUUGUUGGACUGCGCCACUCAGCCCUAUUUGUGUAAUUAUUUUUUUAAAAAAUUGUAUUACCUGUGGUUGCCACCCCCUGCCCCAGCCUUGGGUCCAGUCUGUCUUCCAGGCCUGUCUGCACCUCACUUGGCUGCUCCAGGGUCUCUGUCCUUUGUUCCAACCCUGCUUGUCAGGCCCAGCCAGCAAAGGCCAGGACCCAGCAGCCUGCCCAAAGCACUUGUUUAUGGAGGGAAAGAAGGGGACUUCUCUGUAGGAAGUUUGAGCCCAGAGCCCUGGGGAAGGGGACCCCGCACGACAUUCCCUUGCCUACCCUCCACUAGGUUGAAGGCCCAGUCUUCCCAGACGUGCUAACCCCAUUCAAUGUGCCAAAUGGCCCCAGUCCAUAUGCUCAUCCCCACCUCUGCAGUCAGAGCACCUUCUCCCAAGACCCACAGUCCAUUUGUCCAUCCUCUGUGCCCUCUACAGUGACAGCCCUGGCCAAGCCACUUCUAAUCCUCUGUAGCAAUAACGGUGUGCCGCCCGCCGCUGCCCAGUGUGCAGCACUAGGGUUUUAAAGUCCGUAGGUUUUAAUGAAAUUUCUAUUCCUGUCUCUGA